CCGGGGCAUGCCGCAUGCCAGGAGUGGCCCAGACGGUGGUGGUGGACACCGGCAGCGACGUGCCGUGGGUGCAGUGCCACCCGCAGACGGACACCUUCUACGACCCCACCAGGUCGCCCACCUACGCCGCCUUCUCCUGCAGCUCCGCCGCGUGCCGGCGGCUCGGCCCCUACUCCAACGGCUGCAUCAACAACCAGUGCCAGUACCGCGUCACCUACCCCGACGGCUCGUCGACGCUGGGCACCUACAGCUCCGACGUGCUGACCUUCAGCCCCACCAGCGCCGUCAGCAGCUUCCAGUUCGGGUGCAGCCAGGCCGAGCAGGGCGUCGGCUUCGACGGCCGGAGCUUCGGGACCAUGGGGCUCGGCGGCGGCCCGGAGUCGCUGGUGUCCCAGACCGCGGCCACCCACGGGAACGCCUUCUCGUACCGCGUCCCGCCGACGGCGAGCGACUCCGGCUUCUUCGUCCUCGGCGCGCCGCCGCCGGGCAGCCGCGGCGCGUUCGUGGCGACGCCCUUGCUCCGGAACCCGCGGGUGCCCACGUUCUACCGCGUGCUCCUCGGGGACAUCGCCGUCGGCGGGCGGCGGCUGGGCGUGCCCGCGGCGGCGCUCGCCGCCGGCUUGGUGGUGGACUCGCGCACGGUGAUCACCCGGCUGCCGCCGACGGCGUACCAGGCGCUGCGCGCGGCGUUCCGGAGCAGGAUGGGCAUGUACCGCCCGGCGCCGCCCAGGGGCAACCUGGACACCUGCUACGACUUCACCGGCGUCUUCGUCGUGCGGAUCCCGAGGGUGGCGCUGGUGUUCGACCGCAACGCCGUCGUGGAGCUGGACCCCGCCGGGAUCCUCUUCAACGACUGCCUCGCCUUCGCGCCCACCAGCGGCGACGGCCUGCCGGGCGUCAUCGGCAACGUGCAGCAGAGGACCAUCGAGGUGCUCUACGACGUCGGCGGCGGGGACGUGGGGUUCCGCCGGGGCGCGUGCUGAGCGGCCCCCGACGAGCUACCGCAGGCUGCCGGCCGGACGUACGGCUACGUACCUUGUCCUGCUAAACCUCAGCUAUAUCUACUACUGCAAUUCGGCAUUUCAUAAGUAUUCGUAGUUUGUACUGCUACUAUUACUACUUUGUUGACCAACAAAUAAAUCCACCAUCUGCUUCAUUUGUA